AUGCAUGCGAAAAUAACAUUACUCCUGCCAUCAACAUCAUGUACGCAUCCUCUAAAGAAUGGAGUAUCAAAUCAUCCAAAUCGAUUGAGUUGUUCAUUUUCAAACAAUGUGGCCAAGUCGGAUAGUGAAUUUGGCAGUCUUGGCAUUGCACUUCUCCAUUUAAAUCGCAUAAUCGAUUCAGCAGUAGACCAUGGAUAUAAUCCUGCUGCUAUCACAUGUCUGUAUUAA